CCAACUCGCGCUCUUGUCUGCUUCUGUCGCUUUCGAGCGAUUGUGUGCACUCGUCCCGCCAGCUGCGCCUCGUCCAAGUACCUGCACCUCGUCGCCUCGCCUCGUCGCGCCGCAGUACCCCUCGCGCACACUCGAUAUCGCCUUGCCACCCUCUCAAGUCGCCGCCACAGCUCAUGACGGGCCCCGUCGUCAACGUGCCGCAAGGCCGCCGCAUCCGGUACAACUCGCUGUACUGGGUCCUCCCGACCAUCGCCGCCGCAAGCUGGUUCUCCCUCAUUCUCGGACUGCUCCUGUGGUGGGCCGUCGACGACAACGCGAGGCAGUAUCAGGUCGAGCAGGCGACUAUCGUGUACGUCUCGAACAUCGGCGCAGCCCACCAGUGGCUCUUCAUCUUCCUCGGCUCGAUGACGGCCGUCUUCUACAUCCUCUCGCUCCUCUCCGAGCGUUGGCUCCGCCACCUUCGUCGCAUCCCGGGUGCGCUCCGCAAGCGCGACCGCAACGCCGACAUCGUCGCGCUCGUGUUCGGCAUCGGCGGCGGCAUCGCCCUCAUCCUCCUCACUUGCUUCAACGCCGUCACGCACUCGACCGGGCACUGGACCUGCACCGCCAUCUUCGUCGUCUGCAUCGCCGCCUCGGCGCUCGCCCAGACCCUCGAGCUCCACUGGCUCCACCAGGACCACGUCGACCGCAAGCACCUUCGUCGCGGGACGAUCAUCAAGUGGGUGAUCGUCGCCUUUGCUAUCGCCGCAGCUGUGGCCUUCGCGAGUGCGUACGGCGUAUGCGCCGGUUCUGAGGAUGGCGUGCCGCUCUCGGCCAAGUGCAACCGCGUCAAGUCCGCCGCAGCGUGCCUGGAGUGGCUGAUCGCGGUCCUGUACGGCGUGUACCUCGUCUCGCUCAUCUUCGACCUGUGGCCGGCGACAAAGACGGUCGGGCACAAGUUCGACGAGCGCCUCAUUGCCGAGGACAAGGCCAACACGCUCCACUUCCACAAGCGUGCGUCGCUCCCGGGCGCACCAGGCGGCAUCGGCCAGCUCGACCACAACAACGCGACGCUCGACGCCGUCGAGAUGGGCACGGCGCGCCCGAGCGAGUCGACGGCGGGCUCGUACGGCGCGUACGCGCCGCAGCAGUCGGCCGCGAGCUCUGUCGCGCAGCCCGAGAUGGCGCACGUCCAGGGCAUGACCGGCCACGGGCCCGUCACGCGCGAGGCGUACUGAGCCGGCGUGCAAGGGAGACGAGCGCGCCGCUCGCACCCACUCGACCUCCUCCCUCGCUCUCCCUCUCCCCUCUCUCCCUCAUAUCCCCACCCUGUAGCACUACCCCUACACCGUACCUUGUCCAUAGUAGAGCCUCGUCUCGCUGCACCGCACCUCGUUUAGCGCUUGCUGC